CUCCCCGCCCCUCCGGCGGCCAAGCCUGAGGGGACCCCGUUGCUAGAGGCGUUGCCAGGGAGGGGUCACGAGGAGGGGCUCUCUUCCGGGAGGAGGACAACUGGUAACCCGGAAGCGGUCGGCAGUGCGGCGCUGUUUAAAGAUGGCGGCGGAGGAACCUCAGCAGCAGAAGCAGGAGCCGCUGGGCAGCGACGCCGAAGGUGUUAACUGUCUUGCCUAUGAUGAAGCCAUCAUGGCUCAGCAGGACCGAAUUCAACAAGAGAUCGCUGUGCAGAACCCUCUGGUCUCGGAGCGGCUGGAGCUCUCGGUCCUGUACAAGGAGUAUGCUGAGGACGACAACAUCUACCAACAGAAGAUCAAGGACCUCCACAAAAAGUACUCGUACAUCCGCAAGACCAGGCCCGACGGAAACUGCUUCUACCGAGCCUUCGGGUUCUCCCACCUGGAGGCGCUGCUGGAUGACAGCAAGGAGUUGCAGAGGUUCAAGGCUGUGUCUGCCAAGAGCAAAGAAGACCUGGUGUCCCAGGGCUUCACCGAGUUCACAAUUGAGGAUUUCCACAACACGUUCAUGGACCUGAUCGAGCAGGUGGAGAAGCAGACCUCAGUAGCCGACCUGCUGGCUUCCUUCAACGACCAGAGCACCUCGGACUACCUGGUGGUCUACCUGCGGCUGCUCACCUCUGGCUACCUGCAGCGGGAGAGCAAGUUCUUCGAGCACUUCAUCGAGGGUGGGCGGACUGUCAAGGAGUUCUGCCAGCAGGAGGUGGAGCCCAUGUGCAAGGAGAGCGACCACAUCCACAUCAUCGCGCUGGCCCAGGCCCUCAGCGUCUCCAUCCAGGUGGAGUACAUGGACCGCGGCGAGGGCGGCACCACCAACCCGCACAUCUUCCCCGAGGGCUCCGAGCCCAAGGUCUACCUUCUCUACCGGCCUGGACACUACGACAUCCUCUACAAAUAGGGCUGGCUCGCCCGCCGCUGCCCUGCUGCCCUCCCCUCUGCCAGGCACUAGACAUGUACAGAGGUUUUUGUGUGGUUGUAAAUGGUCAUAUUUCACUCCCCCUUCCCUGUCAUACAACCGUCCACGUUUUAUUAAAGGGGAUGCUGGUGGUGA